UACAGAGAUCCAAGACCCCUCUUGUAUGUCCAGCUAUAUUAAUAAAGUCAGUAGUUUUGUAUCAUGCAAGUAAAUGAAUGACACACCAGUUCAACUGCAUCUAAACAUACAUUAUGGCUGGCUCAUCAUUGUGCAUUAUUGCUAAAGUGAUGGAGAGGGAAGAGGGAGUGUCUGAGUCUGGAGAUCUGACUCUUUCGGUGCUCUAUAAGAAAUAUAUAGCCUGAAGAGGACCAUGACGCACUAGUCUGUGGAGACCAAAGCUGAAGGAGGUUUCCGUAUGUUUGAUGUUGUUAUAGAGAUACAUGGAUGAGGAUGUGAAGGAAUUUCUAACUUGGUGACUUUGUUUAAUUUUUUACUUUAUUUUAAAGGAUCCGUAGUGCCGGCGUUACCGUACGGUUUACAUUUGUGGUUUGUUUAUAGCUUAAUGCAUCACGAAUUCAGAAUUGUUACGGGAAUGGACUCUUAAGACUUUAUCAAACUUGUUGCUGCAGAAACAUUGAUGAGAUGAGUUGUUUUUCUUAAAAUUGUCCGUUUGAAAUCUAGCAUGACCUCUUGACCUUUGCAAAUUUUCUUAAAGGAAUCGCAUAGCUUAUCGCAGUUACCACUCGUUGCAAUGGCUAUUCAGGGCAUGGAGCUGUUUGCAGUUGCUGUAGUGAUUCUUAUGUUUGUAAUGGUGCUCAAACAGUUUGGCAUCACGGAGCCGCUGUCGCUGGACGACAGUGCUGACAGUGAUCUGGAGUUGGCCAUGGUGCGGCAUCAGCCGGAGGGCCUGGAGCAGCUCCAGGCUCAGACCAAGUUCACUAGGAAGGAGCUGCAGUCGCUCUACAGAGGCUUCAAAAAUGAGUGUCCCAGCGGAUUGGUGGAUGAGGAGACGUUUAAAUCGAUCUAUUCCCAGUUCUUCCCUCAAGGAGAUGCAACCACAUACGCACAUUUCCUUUUCAAUGCUUUUGACAUGGACCGAAAUGGCUCUAUACGUUUUGAGGACUUUGUAAUCGGCCUGUCUGUUCUGCUUCGAGGUUCUGAGACAGAGAAACUGAGGUGGGCCUUUAACCUGUAUGAUAUUAAUAAAGACGGCUACAUCACCAAAGAGGAAAUGCUGGCUAUCAUGAAGUCCAUCUAUGACAUGAUGGGCAGGUAUACUUUUCCUUGUGUAAAAGACGAUGCUGCAUUUGAACACGUGGAGAAAUUCUUCCAGAAAAUGGACCGAAAUAGAGAUGGUGUUGUAACCAUAGAUGAAUUCAUAGAGACCUGUCAGAAGGACGAGAACAUUAUGAGCUCCAUGCAGCUGUUUGAGAAUGUCAUCUAGAGCGCAGCAUGAAGUGCAGAAUGAUCCUGGCUCUUUUUCCACAUCGGCUCUCAGCAUCGUUCCAUUAGUCCUCAAGCGCUCCACAGGGACUCUCUAGAAACACUUGUGUUUUGUACCUAGGCCUUGCACAUCAUCUGUAGCAUGUGAAUGAAUAUUUUGAUUGAUUGCAUUGAAUGCUUUAACAAAAGGAUGUGGGUCGUCUGCGUGCGUCUCAAUUUAAUCUUUGGCAUUCAAGACCGGUUGUAAAUGCUCAUUUGUGUAUAUGUAGAUAUAUCUGUGCUCUUAAACUAGUUUCUGCAUAGAUAAAUGAAUUUUUGCAUGUU